AUGCCGACCUAUCCUAUUCGUCGCCGACCGCGCGAGUGCAAGACCUGUCUACCAUGCCGAGCGAGCAAAGUCCGCUGCGAUCGCGGUUCUCCAUGCAGCAAUUGCACCAAACGCAAUUUCACCUGCUCCUACGGUCGUCCACCCUCUGCGAAACUACCUAUUCCUGCUACCGCCAUCACUGCCUCCUCCACGCCUUUACAACCGACACCGUUUGUCUCUCCCAUGAUCUCGCAGUAUGCCCAUUCAGCACCGACCCGUGAUGCCUCGUAUGCGCCCGAAGCGGCCACGCGGGCCAGCGCUGAUCCGGAUUUACCGGACGUAAUCGACAUCUCGCAGGCGGAAUGGGACGAGAUCAACGCCAAAAUGGUCGCAAUGGAACAGAUUAUGGGUAGUCUUCACUCGCUUUUCCAGGCACAUUCCACUCGCAAGCCGACAGAUCUUGAGGCGGUUGAUCGAAAGUCAUCGAUACGGUCGGAAGGUGUUUAUGGGGCGAAUGUCUUGAAGACGGGUGCGGUUCAUCUUGGGUCGCGGUCGGCUUUGGUUGAUAUCUUGGAUAAAUCGAAGAGGUCGGAGGACAUGGCGCAGGCGCUACCUCAGGAUGACCUUCUUGCUGAGCUUGCAUUGGGCAAUGAGUCGGCAGCGUAUCCUUUUGUGGAUUUGUGGUCUUCUGAUCCGUUUACUUUCAAUAUUGCUGGGGUGUGCGCGGUUCUUCCAGACGAUGAGCAGUGUUUUCAAUUCCUGGCGUUUUAUCGAGAUAUAGGAUCGGUGUUGUAUCCGGUACUUUCAGACAUUCCACAGUUAGAACGGCAUACAACUCGACUUCUUGAGGGUCGACGACGAGCCGGGGGUGUAUAUAAGCCCGAUGCCAACGGUUUGGUAAAGCCGUUUGGUAUGGAUUUGGCUUUUCUCAGUCUGCUUUUUGCGGUUCUUGCAUCGGGGUGCCAGUUGUCGGACAUUCCAGAGAGCGACCGUGAGUUGACCUCAUGGGUAUACGUAUCCUGCGCAUAUCAGUGUCUUCGGAUGUUGAAUUAUGUAUCGCAGCCCACUAUAGAAGUAAUUCAGAUUCUGCUCAUUAUUAGCAAUGUACUUUCAUACAACAUGAAUGCAGGUGCAUCAUAUACCUUGCUUGGUAUGACGGAACGAAUGUGUCUUGUUCUAGGACUUCAUGUGGAGUCGACAGGGUUCUCAAUCGCAGAGCAAGCGGUGCGAAGGCGUGUCUGGUGGACAAUGGCCUUUCAGAACAGUCAUUUCUCACUUGCCUAUGACCGACCAUCUAUCACCAUGGUCAGUCAACCUGAGAUCCCAUUCGACCCCAAGUCAAUGCCGGGUCAUCGGUCAUAUUUCGAAACCCUUUGUCGCAUUGUAUCAGUGUCCUUGGAGGUUUUGCGCUCUCGCAUGUUUCCUGAUUCUUCACAGUCACGGGUCAAUGAGAUCCGAGAGUAUAACCACCAGAUUCAACGCAUCCUCGCUGAAGCGACUCCUCAUUUAAGAUAUCGAGAGAAUUGCCACACUCUGGCCGACCAUAUCGAGCGCACCGAGCUGCGCCUGCACUCAUCGUAUCUCCUUUCUGUCCUGUGUCGUGUCUCCCUUGAUCCGCAUGCGCAUUUAGACGAUCAGCGUCGUGCCGUAAUCCGCGAGGAUUGUAUCGGCAGCCUGGUCAACACCAUCGAAGCCUUUGUCGAGCUGCAUGAGAUCAAUUCUCACUGCUCACGAUCAUGGAUCAGUCUGCAGCGCAGCAUCGCAUCGGCAUUUUUGCUCAUCGCGAAUGACGACAGCACACGGACUUGGCAGUUAAUCGACCGGUUGGAGAUGGUUCUCGCGGACCACGUCUAUGCCGAUGGCGACGAGGACCAGAACAACCGCACCGAUUCAGCCAAACAUCUUUCUUCUUCGCUCCGCGCUCUGCGCGAGAUCCGCGAUACCUUCCGCGCUCGCAAGACCGCGACGACAUCCUCGACAUCUAGUCAGACAUACUCGCCUCUAAUCUUGCCAUCGCCUCCUUCUGUCGAUGUCAGUCCCGGUCUUUUGCCUGUCGCAUCGGCCGGACCAAACAAGCAGCCGGGCGAAGGUCUGAACAUGCGGAAUAUCCUAGGCCGUGUGUCGGACGUAAUGUUAUUCCCCAGCAUGAUCGGCAAGGACCCUAUCUGA